AUGGAAGCACUGCGACAGGAGAAUUCUCGCCUAAGGCGAAAGAUUGAAGCCGAUCCCAGUCAAAAGGGAAAGGUCAAGGAAACAUCUGAUGCCGCAGGGUCCCCAGCUUUCCAGCCUACUAAAGAGGAAAGCGAGUACAAUCCUACCCCGCACACCUUCACCACCACCCAACAAACUCUCAUCCUCUCAACCCAUCCUACUCACUUCCACUCCACCCUCCCAGGAAAUAGUGCGACUUCCACCCCUGCUGCCACCCUGCCACCCACAUACAUCCCGCCCUACAACAUGCUCACCACCCUACACAUCACUCAUAUCCCACCCUACAACCCCCACAACCUCCCUACUACCCAUAUCCCUCCUCACAACUUCACCUCCACUUUUCCCACCCUCGUCCACCACCCCAUCCCUCAUCACCCGCUCCCAUCGCACCAACCUUGGCGCCGUCACCCUUUCACUGACUUCAUCGCUAACACCCCCUCCCCACCCAGUGGGAACCCUUCACGCUGGAGUGUUACACUAGUGAAACCGACCCCGAUGAACACCUCAAAAUCUACAUCACCCACAUCGCCCUCUACACUUCCCAUGAUGCCGUUUUUUGCAAAGCCUUUCCUACCACCCUCAAAGGCCCUGCCCUCGAAUGGUUUACCACCCUCCCGCCAUACUCCAUUGACAACUUCGACACCCUCUCCCACAUGUUUACCACUCAUUUCGCCGGCAGCCGCCUGCAUCAAACUACAACAAUAUCACUCAUCGGCGUCAGACAAGAACAAGGCAAGACGCUCCGGGCAUUCAUUGAUCGAUUCAGUAAGGCUGCCCUUCGCAAACCACACCUCAACCAAGAAAUGA